UAUCAUGACCAUGAAUCCUGAGUUGUGUGAAGAUCUUCUUGAAUCUCCUUUGACUGAAAAUGAUGGUUUUACAUGUCUCCGACGCCUGUCGGACUAUUGGGGAGAUUUAUCUGAGACAACUGAAGAGCUAAAGAAACAAUUACAGCUAGCUGGACCUCUAGUUCUUGUAAGCUUCUUGAAGUAUAGUUUGCAGAUGAUAUCUCUCAUGUUUAUAGGCCAUCUGGGAGAGCUCCCACUCUCUGGUGCUUCAUUGGCCACUUCUUUUGCUCAAGUCACUGGUUUCAGCUUCGUGGAUGGAAUGGUAGGUGCGCUGGAGACAUUCUGUGGACAAGCAUACGGAGCGAAACAACAUGGGAUGGUUGGAAUACAUAUGCAGAGAGCUGUAGUUGUAAUGAUGACACUGGGAAUCCCCAUUUCACUUGUAUGGGCUUUUGCUGGGGAAAUCUUUGCUUUUUGCAAACAAGAUUCUGAAAUUUCAGCAAACGCAGGUACCUAUGCUCGGUGGUUGAUUCCCAGCAUUUUCCCCUAUGGGAUCCUGCAAUGCCAAAUCACAUUCUUGCAGACACAAAGCAUCCUCAAGCCACUGGCAAUAAGCACAGGGUUGACAAGUUUGAUCCAUGGCUUCCUGUGUUGGCUUCUGGUUUUCAAAUUCGGGCUCGGGAACAAAGGCGCUGCGCUCUGCAAUUCGAUCUCGUACUGGAUCAUCGUGCUGAUUUUGGGAUUAUAUAUCGGGUUUUCGCCGUCCUGCAAGACGACAUGGACAGGGAUUUCUAAAGAGGGUGGGAAGAAUUUAUUCAGCUUUCUAUCACUAGGUAUUCCUUCAGCUCUCAUGCUUUGUGUGGUGAGAUGGGCAUAUGAGUGUCUAGUACUUGUGGCUGGUCUUCUUCCUGAUCCAAAGCUUGAGACAUCAAUGAUGUCUAUAAGCAUGUGUACCUCUACUGUGGUGUUUAUGAUCCCCUAUGGACUUGGCUGUGCAGUGAGGAAACGCAAGAGGAUGUGGUUGGCAAAAGAUUGGUGCCAUUGUGAACCUUGGAGCUUAUUAUCUUGUUGGAGUUCCGUUUGCCCUCAUCUUAGCUUUUGUACUAAACUUAGGUGGAAAGGGACUUUGGAUAGGAAUUAUUGGAGGCUGUGGCACCCAGGCAUUACUGUUGUUAGUUAUUACCAUACGUACAAACUGGGAUGAACAGGCAAAGAAGGCAAAGAACAGGAUUUGUACUACCAACAUCUCCACACAUGUUAGUCACGAACAAGUAAAAGUCUAAAAGGGAAGUUUUGUACUUGCCAAAGU